AAGGCCAGGGCACCUCUCCAAUCGGAGCUGAGCUUCUCCCUCCAGCAUCGGCCAUUUUAAGGCAAAGGAGGGACUGUUACCGCUGCGGUGAAGAUGGCUUUCAAUGGAACAUGGGAGGAGUAUGAAGAGGUGAACUAUGAGGAGUUCCUCAGGGCUAUAUCACUGCCAGAGGAUGCCAUCCAGAUAGCCAAAGAUGAGAAGACCAUUACGGAUAUCCAACAGAAUGGCGAUGACUUUGUGACCACUAUCAAGACCCCCAGAGAGUCCAUCUCCAACUCCUUCACCAUCGGCACGGAGGCAGACAUAAACAUUAACGAAGGCAAGAAGAUGAAGUGCUCAAUCCGGAUGGAGGGAGGGAAGCUCAUCUGUCAGUCAGAAAUGUUCACUCACGUCCGGGAGAUCCAGGGAGACGAUAUGGUUGAGACAGUCACCGUGGGCUCGGCCUCUUUCUCCAGGAAGAGCAGGAAGAUCUGACAUCACGCACACAGUGGAUGGAGGGGCCUGACUGCUGGGGAGAUGGCAUUGCCUUCCUCUGAUUCCACCCUAUGCCAGCUGCAGUCUGUGAUGUGAAGAGAAGCAGCUGGAGCCAGCAUGCGUUUCUGUGACGUUCACACAUGAAUGUAGCUGCGAUUGCAGAUAAUUGGACAUUCCAAAUUAGGGCAGAAAAUAAACUUUUGUCAUUUGACUGACAGAAAAUAA